ACGAAGCGCUCUCUUUCUUUACCCAGAGCCUUCCCUAUGUAGCGACGCAUGUUAAAAGAAGAAAGAACACAUACACAAGCAAGUGUUGCUUUGAGUCGCGAAUGAACAGCAACCAAGCUUUCAUUAGACCGCUAGCAGCGUCACCGUGAGGACGCAUCUCGUACCGUGUCUGUGCGCCGUUUUAUCCGGCAAAUUGUGUUCUGUCGCGUCGCGGGUGUAUGGUGCGCGGUUUUAGAAAAUAAAUAAAACGCCCCCUGCUAUUAAGGGAAUUUUCCGGUGCUUUGAAAAGAAAAAAAUUGCCCUUCGCGGUGCAGUGUUGCGGUGCGCUUUUGAGUGAAAAAAUGUGAAGCAAAAAUCGCGCGCGUUGGUGUUUAUGCGGUGUGUUUACGUAUGAAGCAGCAGUUGGUGUGGUUUAGUUACAGUGAGAUAAAUAAUUUUACACACAAAUAAUCACACGUUUUGAUAGAAGGUUUGAAUAAUUUUCCGGUUUCCGGGUGUGUAUGUGUAGCUGCUGCUGCUGCUGCACAGUGUAAAGUAAACAGCCGGCAAGACCGUUGCCGGCCGCUGUGCGUGUGUGUGCAAUCAGGUGCAAAGCGGCUAAAACAGCAAGUGCUGUGCAUCCUUUGCCGUGUUUCAAGUGUGUUUUUAUUCGAAUCAAAAAUCAUCUCCCCUUCAGCCAAAACAACACCUUUCAAAUAAAACGGCUGAAAAAAAAGAGAAACACAGCCGGCUUUACAAGAAAAAAAAACCCCGUGUGUCCGUGUGCGUGCUUACAAUUGCCUACAAAAAAAAGAGGCGGCGUGGAAAAUUCCCUGCCUUGGAAGAGAAAAUUGCAAACAACCGUCCACCGGCGAGAAGAAGAGGGUUGGCUAAAAUUGCCAGUCGGUCGGUCCCCGAAAUCAUCCCAGCCUGCCAAGGGGUGUUGUGUGUUACAUAGUGUGCGUGAAUUUGUGCGCUGGGGUGUUUUUCCCCCUCUCCUUUCGCUCCCUUUCUGGUUGUCUCCAGCCCCGGCAAAAGACCGGGUGAAUGCGUUACAAGAGCGCCGUAUACGCGCUGUAGUGUUUGUGUGGCUGUGUGUGUUCGUGCGUAUGCGUGGGUCGGCGUUUGUCGGCGUUUAAUUGGUGUUAGUGUGCAAACGCCGCAAAACGGAGAGCAGAAAGAAACGUGCGCACGUACGUCAGUGUAGCUGUGUGAGUGGGUGUGUGUGUGUGUGUUGUGUUUAUGCAGUUUUUAUUUUCGUCUGUCUGUCUUUUCGCGUUGCCCUUCGUUUGCUCUGUGAAAAGAGGUGCUUAAAUGUGUGAGAGAAUUUAAUACAAAAAAGUGUGUGUGUUGUGUGCAAAGGUGGUAAUAAGAGAAAAAAGAAGGGGUGAAAAGAGGCACCUGUUCUACCACCGGUCUCACUGUUGUUCUGCAUAAUUCCUUAGUGUGUGUGUGUCUGUAUUGAUGAGCACAGUGCAUAUGUGGUCAGUUGUUAGGCAAAUCCUGCAUCGAAGCAAGCGGCUGCACUCGCCGGGUGCGUAAGUGUGUGAAAACCGGUGAUUUUCGCUGUGUGGAAUCUCCGGGCGGUGUGUGAGAAGCGCGCGUGUGUGUAAAGGCAACCAACAACACAAAAAAAUGGCCGCUUUACGAGUGGCCGCCCUGCUGUGGUGCGUGCUGCUGCUCCCACUAGCAUCGACGGCCAUCCAGCAGCAGCAGCAGGAAACGAUCGUCGCACACGGCGGCGAGACGGAAGCGGGCAGCGCCGGCGAAGAGUUCCAGCAUCACAACCGGUGCGAACCGAUCACGAUACCGUUCUGCAUCGGCAUCCCGUACAACCGCACGAUCAUGCCGAACCGGUUCGGGCACACGAAGCAGGACGAGGCGGCGCUGGAGGUGCACCAGUACGUGCCGCUGGUCAAGAUCGACUGCAGCCCGGAUCUGAAGUUUUUCCUCUGCCUGCUGUACGCGCCCGUCUGCACGAUACUGCCGUUCCCGAUACCGCCCUGCCGGAGCCUGUGCGAGAGUGCCCGGGCCUGCGAGAGCAUCAUGAAGACGUUCAACUUCCCGUGGCCGGAGAACCUGGAGUGCUCGCAGUUCCCGGAGUACGGUGGCGAGGAGCUGUGCGUGUCGAAGCACAAUGCGAGCGAAACGCCGACCCCGAUACCGACGAGCCCGGCUGGCGUUGGGGCGGGCAGUGCUGGGGCCGGCAGUGCCGGUGGUGGUGGCUAUCCGAUGAAAACGGUGGCCGCUGCCCCGUAUGUACCACCGCACCGGAAGACGUCCGGGGUGGUGGCGGGUGGUGGUGUGAGCGCUGGUGGACCGCCGGGCAGUGGGCUCGUCGGGACGCACCGGGACCUCGGCUUCAUCUGUCCGGGGCAGCUGAAGGCGCCGACCCUCAUGGGCUACCAGCUGACCAUCGGUGGAAAGGUUACCAAGGAUUGCGGUGCACCGUGCAACUCGAUGUUCUUCUCGGAAAACGAACGCACCGUGCUGAAGUACUGGGUCGGCUCGUGGGCUGCCGUGUGCGUGGCGAGCUGUUUGUUCACGGUUCUGACGUUCCUGAUCGACUCGUCCCGUUUUCGGUAUCCGGAGCGCCCGAUAGUGUUUCUCGCGAUAUGCUACCUGAUCGUCGGCUGCGCGUACGUGGCCGGUCUCGGUGCGGGCGAUUCUGUCGCCUGCCGGGAACCGUUCCAGUCGCACAUCAAAAUCGGCCGGAUGCAGAUGCUGUCGACCAUCACACAGGGCCAUCGUCAAUCAACGUCGUGCACGGUGCUGUUCAUGGCGCUGUACUUCUGCUGCAUGGCAGCGUUCGCCUGGUGGGCCUGUCUGGCGCUGGCCUGGUUCCUGGCGGCCGGUCUCAAGUGGGGCCACGAAGCCAUCGAGAGCCGUUCGCACCUGUUCCAUCUGGUGGCGUGGGCUAUCCCGGCGGUGCAGACCAUAUUCGUGCUAGCGCUCGGCAAAGUUGAAGGUGACGUUCUGUCAGGUGUUUGCUUCGUCGGCCAGCUGGACACACACUCGCUCGCCAUGUUUCUGCUGAUACCGCUCGUGAUCUACCUGUCGAUCGGGGGGAUCUUCCUGCUGGCCGGCUUCGUGUCGCUGUUCCGCAUUCGCACCGUGAUGAAGCACGACGGCACCCGCACGGACAAGCUGGAGCGGUUGAUGCUGCGCAUCGGGUUCUUCAGCGGGCUGUUCAUCCUGCCCUCGCUCGGCUACCUGGCCUGCCUGUUCUACGAGUACUAUCACUUCGACGACUGGAUGAUCCAGUGGAACCGGCAGAUGUGCAAAAUCUUCUCCAUCCCGUGUCCGGCGGCCCGGCACGGCCCGCCCGACCCGAAGCCCAUCUUUCACAUCUACAUGGUGAAGUACGUCUGCUCGAUGCUGGUCGGCGUGACGUCGAGCGUGUGGCUGUGGUCGGGCAAAACCGUCGUCAGCUGGCGGCAGUUCGCCGAGCGGCUCCAGGGCAAGGACACGCGGAGCCGCGGUGCGUACGUCUAGUAGAGGGUAACGCGGGUGCGCAUCGUCGCCCACCACCAUCCGGCGGUGCGCAUUACCGCGCGAGUCAUUAGGUUUUAGGAAGAGGCGUCCCCAUCCUCCUCAUCACGAUCAUCAUCCCCAUGCUCAUCGAACACAGACCGAUCGAUCACCGACCAGCAGCAGAGGGCGGGAGCACUUCAACCGAACGCCUCAAAAGCUCACACAAAGCCCCGCAACACAGUAGCAGCAGCAGCAGCAGCAGUGGAAGGAAGCUGACACGCAGAGAGAAGGGUUUCCGGCAUUGAACUCCCCUGCAGCGGGAGGGAGCGAGAUGCGUAAAGUAGGACCGCAUAAUUUAGACAUAAGGAUAUAUGUUUCGUUCGAGGUUUAAUUUUGCGAAUGACCAAAUAUCUCUGUAGUACACAGGCAUCGGUUUAGUGGUAGCGUGUAGCGCGUUAUAGAAUUAUUCAGCAUCCCCGCCCGCUCGAUGCAGCUUACAUUGUACAGAACCGUCUUUUUACUUCGUUUGCUAGCUUACACACAAUACCUGGCCUGACGCGGGGCCGCUUCAUUCACAUUGGACAGGUGAGGUAGGAAUUUGUAUUAAGAGACAGAGAGAGAAGAAAUGAAAUACGUUAAUGUGAUGCGAAAGAGAUAGUGUAGAAGAAGAGGGGAGUCGCCGUUGCUUGGUAAACAAGAAGUUCCCGCAACUCUGUGGAAGGUUCUACGGAAUUGGCUACGCUUUAGUUAAGAGUAAUAGGACGUCAGUACGCGAAUCUUUUGCACACCGUACCGAGAGUGUGUUAAGAGAAUACCUAUAUCUGUGUAAAAGAGUUAGCAGCCAACUGUAGGACUGUCCAACUGUCUAGCGCUGUACCAUACCUACCUACCUUAGCCUGCCUACCUUCGUAAAGUAGAUGUGGUAAUACUGUCGUGUCGAUGCAUCCUCAUCCCGCCAAACCAAAAUCGGGACCUCUGUCGGCACUCUCCUGCUCGAACAGCAUUAACUCUGUACAUAACGAACGUUAUCUAGGAUCUUGUUUGUCGGUGGUAAAGGUGGACCUCCUCACUGCUUACCACGUGAGAAGGUAGUACGAUAGCGCGAAUUUUGCGAAUUUUGCGCCGUGUAAAAUAGUUAAGAACAGAGCUCCAAAAACCGCCUGCCUAACAGGCGGUUGCAUUGCAUUUAGCAUCUAUUUUCUUUCCCCGUCGUAUCUUAAAGUCGCAAAUUGUUGUUGAAAGCCAUACACACAUCCACACUCCUCCACUGCUGUGUGUGCGUUUUCCAGCCGUCCCAUGAAGUCAUCCUGCCCGGAAUGAACUCCCGUUGGCAGCGGUUCAACAAGACUUGGCACAGAUGAGAGUGCUUCGAGUGCUGCUUUACAGUGAGCGCACUUUACAAUGCGAUGAAAUCCGUUUUUCCCAUCAUCAUCUUGGCUUUUCCCUCGAUGCUCCCAAAAACGCGACAUUUGAAGCCCCGUGUGCCCGUUGCCAACGUACCGAUGCUAACUAGCUACCAAUCCUAUCGCACUAAUUAAGGGCCAAAGGGCCGUACGUCGAACAAACCAAACAGGGGGGGGGGGGGGCAAUCUUGCUCGGUGUGCGAUGGCGUGUGCUCCCGAAAUCCUUUCGCCCCCGGGCGCAACUUUAGCGAAGUAUGUCAUUAGUGGCUGGCUGGCAGGGGCGCGGAAUUGUUCUGCCGGAACGCUCCGAAAUCCAAUCGUCGUCGUCGUCGUCAUACAUGAAUAUUAAUGACAGUGUGUAAGCCAUUAUCGGUGGUGGCUGCGCACGGUGAUGUCCUUGCAGCAUCUCCACGAAAUGCUCCAAUUGCUGGUGUGCCCGGUCAAGGAUGUGUUGUGUAGCCUGCGUCCUCAUUAUCCCUUGGCCGUAGAGGGCGCGCGUGCUGUAGUGAUUUGAGAUUCCGAUAGUGUCACAUCGUUCGUGUCCUCUUGUGUUUCUAUCUACCAGGCAUCCACUGGUAAUAGGAACCCAGCAGCAGCAGCAACCGCAAGGUCCUUUAGCGUGACAGAACAAGAAUUGUAUAAUUGGAAGCAGAGAAUCCUCAUCACACACACACACACGCGGACACACAAUUCGAAACGCGGACGAUGCCAUUAAUUAUCUGAAGCAGAUUAUAUAGGGACCCGGGUCUUCGGCACGUUUUACCUCCUCCGCCCGGCAAAGGGGAUUUCCACAGUAAAAUAAGGAGGGAAGUAAAUUCUGUCGGCGUUGUGGGUUUUUGGGGGUUUCGUGCUCGGUUGUAAAGUAACGCCGCUGGCGCCCGCGGUACCACGUGCCUGGGAAAGUUAAUUAAUCAUGGUGUGGACGGGGACUCUUGUCCCUGUGCUGUGACGUAUGAGGACAGUUUUUGACACAUCCAACGAUAGGGACGAUAAAAAAAAGCAAAGCCAAUCCUGAAAAGCAACAGCAGAAAGCUCCUUUUUUUUGGGGUAAAGCAACAAGCGUUUCCUGGAGCCGUGAUCCUUUUGACCUUUGAGCUGUCAGCUAUAUCCACUUUUGAGCGCUUCACCUCGAAGAAGUCACACAAUUAUAUUUCAAUUAACAAUUAACUCCUGCUCUCAGAAGAGAGAGAGAGAGAGAUGGAUUGCUGAUUGCCAGUGGGAAGGAACUGGGGAACUGUUAGAAUCGGGCGUUUGUCUUCGGGCCCAAAAACCGAGCGCGAUAAGUGCCAGUCAAAGUGAGGUUAUAAAUUAAUGCGUCUCCAAGCAUUACCGCCGCUCGCUGUUCGGGAAUUACGUUACGUGGAGUGUGGAACCUUUGAGAGGUGGUUUUAAUUUUGCAACGUCCUUUUUUCUCUAGCAAUGGCACAUGAAACACGGGACAAUGAAACGAGCCAUGAAAAUUAAAAUGCAAAGUACACACCACCAUCUCGCGUUCCUGCGCCAUUUCUAGCUUACUUGCUCCUCGUCAACCAAUCCAAGAGACAUCGCUUCGCAUUGUUUUCCUUCCCCCUGGUCGGUUGGUGUGUGUACUUGUUCCUUUUUGCAAAUUCCUUCCUUCCUGUUGCGCGGCCGCCACACGCUGCUUGGCUUUGGUUUGGUGUGUUUUCACGUGGCCGGGCUUGUGGCCGGGUCGUCGUCGCCGUCAUCGCUGCGUGUUGUGCCCCCGAGCAGCGGAUCGGUUGACGUGCAAAUAAAAUUGUGUUUAUGUUUUUAAUUUAAUUUUACGAUUAUUGCUCUCUGUGCACGCUGGGGCUCGCCCUGUCUUUUCCCUGCUCGCGCUCGCGGGGAUCGCUUUUAUGAGAAACAGAUUUGUGUGUGAGCGGUGUCAGUGCUUUUUGUUUGCAUCUUUGCUCAUUCGGUUUGGCGAGGAGCGCAUUCCGAUGCAAAAAUGUUGCUUUAUUACAGGGAGUGGAGUGGCGCAAAAACAGAACAAAAACGAGCGACUGCAUCGGCAGCUUUAGAGCAGCAAAAAGCAUGCACUUUGUGUAAAGGGCAGAUGGGAUUGCUUCUUUUUUUUGUGCAUAAUAAAAUUAAUAUUUUCCGUAUCUUUUGACGCUGAUGAAGCCAUCCAGAGUGCUGAUUAAAGGCCUAUUGAAUGGCCUAUUGCAUCACAAUUCAUUUCGCAAGCAAGGCUUCCCUUUUGAAUGAGGCGUUUCAAUGCAUUCAAGCUUCAGGUUGAGCGUUCAUGAAGAAUUCUUUUAAAAUGUAUUUGCUUUUAUUUUUGCUUACUUCAAUUUUCAAGUGUUUUGAAAAACAACCCAAUCGAACUUGCUGAUCGAAAUUAAGUUUUAAUCGAAAAACACCAACACACUGGUUCACUUUGCCCUGGUGAAAUGGGUUUGUUUACGCCUUUUUGCGUAGCGAGUGCUUUUUUCCAUCGCUGGCUUAAAAUUUGAAAGACACAACAACAAACGGAUCCUUCCUUUGAAUCGCUCGCGACUUAUGCAGGGGCUUUCUAGCUUGAAAAUAUAAAAAAAAAAAAAUCAAAGCUAUAGUCUGCUCGGUAAGCCAAACAGGAGCCAAACGGGGGGGG